AUGGAGUAUCUUGUACCCGAAUUGCAUCGCCAAGCAGAUGAGUUUUUGAAUAUCGGACCAACAAGAAAUUUCAACGAUCAUAAUCCGGCCCCUGAUAUAUUCCCAAAUUAUGAGCAUGUUCCUACUAUGACGAAUGUUUCUAUAGAUCCUCUCAUAACUAUGAAUGUGGAACAACUGAUAAAAUCACGAGGUUACCCAUAUGAAGAGCACCAAGUGGCAACUGAAGACGGUUUCCUUUUGAUUAUGCAUAGGAUCCCCAAUCCGGUAUCUGAUAUAACUAAUGUUGUUUAUUUACAACAUGGUCUACUCUGCUCAUCAGCUGAUUGGGUUAUGACGAACAAGACGCAAAGUUUCGCGUUCAUAUUGCACGAUGCGGGUUUCGAUGUUUGGCUAGGCAACGUAAGAGGGAACCUUUAUUCCAGAGAACACAAAGUCUAUACUCCUGAUGAAUUCGAAUUUUGGGAUUGGAGUUGGGAAGAAAUGGCCAAAUACGACCUCCCAGCAAUGGUAGAUUACAUUUUGUACAACACCAAGAAGGAUAAUUUGUAUUACGUUGGACAUUCGCAAGGCACUCUUAUUGCCUUUUCCGCAUUUUCCGAAAAUUUUAACCUGGCUAGCAAGAUCAAGAUGUUUUUCGCUAUGGCUCCUGUGGCAUUCCUGGGCAAUCUAAGAUCCCCUAUCAAAGCAAUGGCAGGUAUCAGUACAAAUGUAGAAUUUCUUUUAGACACUCUCGGUAGAAAUGAAUUCCUCCCCAGCAACGCUAUUCUGCAGAUGAUGGCUGCCAUAGUUUGCGGAGAUAAAAGAUCCCUAAAUAUUGUGUGCAGUAACUUACUAUUUUUAAUAGUAGGCUUUAACCCCGAUAAUUUGGAUAAGGCUUUGGUUCCAGUGCUGGCCUCGCAUGUUCCAUCUGGGACAUCUUCGAAAAAUUUCGUCCAUUUUGCUCAACUCAUCACUUCAAAGAAAUUCCAGAAGUUCGACUUCGGGCUUUUAAAAAACUUGGCCAUUUAUAGAUCAAGUACUCCCCCAGAUUAUGACUUAUCUAAAUAUGAUGUACCAACGGUAAUACUUUGGGGGGACCAAGACUUGAUGGCGGGUCCGAUCGAUGUAUCUUAUUUGAUUUCCAAACUGAAAACCGUUAAAGCCUCUUUUAGAUACGAAAAGUACAACCAUAUCGAUUUCUUGUGGGGUCUAGACGCUCCACAAUUAUACUCUAAAAUUAUGCUUUACAUGAAACCUAAGGCAAAUUUUUGA